AUGGAUAGAGAUCAAGCAGAGAUGCAAAGUGUAGGUUUCUUUGGCCUCUUCAAAGAAUCUGUAAAAACCAUCUUCUCAUGGAAGAAAAUCUUCGCUCAGAUCACCGUAACUUUCAUCCUACCACUCUCUUUCAUUUUCCUGGCUCAUAUCAUCAUUGCUGACGUACUUAAUCUGCGUAUCGAGCGCUAUGAAAAUAGGGACAAUCAGUACUACUAUCAUCGUAGGGUAUCAUCUGAAUGGAUCGGCUAUUGGGUUUUCAAGUUUGUCUAUUUGACCUUCCUCUUCCUCUUUUCUCUCCUCUCAACUGCUGCAAUCGUUUACACCAUAGCCACCGUGUAUACCGGAGGUGAUGUGACAUUCAACAAAGUCAUGAAAAUUGUCCCUAGGGUUUGGAAGAGACUUGCUUUAACUUUCUUAUGGACUUAUUUUGGUUUUUUUAUCUACAACGUUGUGUCGGGAGUAGUACUUCUCAUCUGGGCAACCACCAUUUCGGAAACCACGUUUGGUUCGAUCCUGUUUUGGGUGUUGUUUUCUGUAUACGCCAUCGGGUUUAUUUAUAUUACAGCGAUAUGGCAGCUUGCUAGUGUGGUUACUGUUUUAGAAAGCUCGUAUGGACUGAAAGCAAUGAUGAAAGGCAAUAGUCUUAUUAAAGGGAAGAGGUGGUUAUCAUGGUUUGUGUUCUUCGUGUUAUAUUGCAUCUUUGCAGGGAUCUUGAUCUUGUUCUACGUGUUUGUAUGGAACUUCACAUUUUUAACGCUAAUCGUGGGUCUAGUGUGCCUCUUUUUACUUAUGAACAUGUUUCUGCUUGGCUAUGUCGCCCAAACGCUGCUUUAUCUUAUUUGCAAGUCGUAUCAUCGUGAACCCAUCGAUAAGGUAGGAUUGUCGACUCAACUUGGAGGUUAUCUAAGCCAGGUCGAGCCUGUGUUCAAGGCCAACAAGGAUGUUGAGCUAGGGCAGCCUCCUCGUCAACCUCAAGUUUGA